CUCCUCAGGCGCUCGCUGGGCAACAAUGAAGCGGGAGGGCGGGCCCUCCGUUGGAGGGCGGAAGAGGAAGUUGUGGAGAGGAGAGGGGCGGGGCCGAGCCGAGGAGUAGGGUUGGUGGGCUGUGUUUGCAGUCGCUCGCUCCUUCCUUCAGCCGGGCCUUCUUGCCUCCCCCGCCGCCGCCAUGCCGCUCUUCGCCCCCAACCCCUUCGAGCAGGAUGUGGAAAAGGCCACAAAUGAGUACAACACUGCUGAAGACUGGGGAGUUAUUAUGGACAUAUGUGACAAAGUUGGAAGCACUCCUAAUGGCGCAAAAGACUGCCUGAAAGCCAUUUUGAAAAGAGUAAAUCACAAAGUACCCCAUGUUGCACUGCAGGCCCUAACUCUAUUGGGAGCCUGUGUUUCAAACUGUGGAAAAAUUUUCCACUUGGAAAUCUGCUCACGUGACUUUGCCAGUGAAGUGCGUGUUAUAAUAAACAAGGCGCAUCCUAAAGUAUGUGAAAAAUUAAAAGCUUUAAUGGUGGAAUGGUCUGAAGAAUUUCAGAAAGAUCCACAGUUUAGCCUGAUAUCAGCAACUAUUAAAUCUCUAAAGGAAGAAGGAGUUACAUUUCCCACUGCUGGGACACAGAGUCCUUCCACUGCUGCCAAGAAUGGUGCAUCAUCAAGCAAAAACAAAGAGGACGAAGAUAUAGCUAAAGCUAUUGAAUUAUCUUUGCAAGAACAAAAACAACAGCAAACAGAAACAAAAUCUUUAUACCCACCUGUAGAAGUUCAGCAGAACAAUCAAAAAAUCUCUAGAAAGGUGCGGGCCUUGUACGACUUCGAAGCUGUUGAGGACAAUGAACUCACUUUCAAGACUGGCGACAUUAUUGUUGUUUUGGAUGACAGUGAUGCUAAUUGGUGGAAAGGAGAAAACCACAGAGGAAUAGGAUUAUUCCCAUCUAAUUUUGUGACCCAUAACUUAAAUGAAGAGCCUGAGUCAGCAACUGUGGAGAAGAGUGUUUCUUCUGAAGAAAGUGCAGAGGAAACUGCAAAAACUGAGCCUGAACCAGUUUACAUAGAUGAGAUUAAGAUGGAUAGGACAUUGCAGUUACUCCAGAGCAUUGAUCCAACAGAUCCUAAACCUGACUCUCCUGAUCUUCUGGAUUUAGAAGGUAUUUGUCAGCAGAUGGGUCCCAUGAUAGAUGAAAAACUAGAAGAAAUUGAUAGGAAGCAUUCUGAGUUGUCUGAACUGAAUGUUAAAGUGAUGGAAGCUCUGGAACUCUACAACAAACUAGUAAAUGAAGCUCCUAUGUAUGCUACAUACUCAAAGAUCCAUUCGUCAGCUCAUUACCCACCUUCAUCAACUGGUGUUCCAGUACAGCAGCCGUAUCCCUUGCAUCCUCACAGUGGGAACUAUGGGGUCCAUGGAGUCCCUCAAGGAUACAAUCCCGGAAAUGAUCAGAUUGGUCCACUGAGGUCUUUGCCUCCAAAUGUAAAUUCUUCAGGAACAUCUCAACCAGUUCAGACAGCAUAUUUAAGCACCGGUCUAGAUUCUACUUCCAAUCCUGCUUACGCGAACCAGAAUUCCUGCCUCCCACCAGCUGGUACAAUUUCUUACACCCAACACAUGACCAUGCCAAUGGAUAUGUUGGCCUACCAGAACACUGUAUCCAGUUUGCCCCAAGGAGUAUGCUACCCAACAGUUCCUGCUCACUCACUUCCGCAGCAGCAAACAAAUUACCACCAGCAGCCUCUUCUCUAAAGACGGAGGCCUCCCUCCUGAAAGCAGUCUUGGAUGUUGCUGACUGUUGUCAUUUAAAUAUUCCCUCCAUUGAUUUGAAAAGUUGCUUCUACACAAGGGCAAAAAGGCAACCACACAAAUAUCAAUGUUAAAGUUAAUGCAAAUUGAGAUCUUUUUCUGCAUAGCUGUUAAAAUAAGAUGAGCUGCUGAUGUGUUCAGAACAGACAGCCUUCAGACCCUGGUUCUUGUAGCGUUCUGUCUAAUAUCCUGCCUAUUUAGGGAACAUUUCCUUGUAAUAAGCUUCAUAAGAUAAAGCUUUGAAAGCAAGCUCAUUUAUGCAUCUCCUCCUGUUUAUUCUUUCCAGGCUUUAUAAGGCCACUAUUUUUAUGAAACCGUAUAAAUUUGAAAGUCUAUCUCAAACCACAAUUUAUUUAGCUAAUUUGUUUUCAGUUUGCUUCCCUCCUCGCUCAUCUUAACAGAUUGCAUUUUAUGAUGGUUCAGUAAUGCCGCAAUAGUGAACUUUGGGGGGGAGGGGAACUUUGAAUGACAGAAGUUGUUAAUGGCCUUCAUAAUUUCUUCCAGACUGGAUUUCUUAUUUGUACAUCUCAGAAACUAGUGCCAUUUAUUGUGGUGGAGUAGUUCUUAUUUCUUGUCUGAGGAGAAUCUAAAUAGUGUGAUAUUGUAUGCAACUUGAUUUCCAAGCCUAAAUUGUUCUGGUGAAAUAAUAUCUUUUGUGCUGUCUAUGUUCCUUUUCACUGGCAUCACUGAAUACUUAACACAAUAUGAAAAAGAAGCCUUUAGCAUUGGAAAUACAUGCUUAUGCCAUAAUUUUAUUUACAGAGGUGGCGUUUUUUUGCCUUAAUUGUCAAAUGCAUACUGUUAGAAGGAGGGAUCUAAAAUAGCAUGCCAUGACAAUAUACCAUUGUCAUUGAGCUCUUAAAGGGUCAGAAAAGUAGCCUGACCCGGGUUUUUUUUAGAAGGAAAGAGAGUCCUCCCCCCACUCCUUUGGAAGUCCUUCAUUGUCCAUGUACGUGGCUAGCUAUUUAACAUAAUAAUCUUAACAGAUAACUUUAUAGGUCUAACUUACAUGCUGCCAUUGAGGGUAUUUGGUGAAGGGAAUAAACAGUGAUUUAGUGGAGCAAAAGGGAUGGUUAAAGGCAUGGGAAUAGGAAGGCGUUUGUACAUUAGUCUCAAGGUUCUUCUGCAGUUUAUGUUGUCUGUUAUAACGUAUAGAAACGUAUAUUUCUUUGUAGUGAAGUUGACAUUCCAAAUCAAACCUGCCUGUCAUCAAGUAACUCUUUCUGUUCUUAUUACUGGUGCUAAAUAGGCUGUUCAGAAGCAUCAUGGUAAUGAGGUACAGUUUCACUGUUGACCAAUGUGUGUUGACAAUGGGAAGGGAGGUGUCCCCAGAAAAAAAGUCACUUGUUGGUGAUUGUUCCUUUGUACGUGUUCUUCAUGGGGAUUUUUUAUUGUUUGUUAGAGAUCUAAAAUGGCAACAUGGGACAUGUGUGUAUGUAUGUAUGUAUCUCUUUUCAAAACAGAGUUAAUUUAAGAAGGUGCUCUUUGGAAUCCUUAUCUGGAGCAAAAUCAGUUUUUCUUUCAGCUCAAACAUUUUAUAAGCAAAAUCUUUGAACAGUGUAGCUCCUUCGUAUUUGUCAAUACAUAUGGCAAUGGAAAUUUUUAUUGAUUCACAUUCUUUGAUACUACAUUACGUGGUGCCCAAUAUCUGACUGUGAUGUUGAGUUGAAGUGAUUGUUUUCAUUGUAUUUUGUUCUUUAUAUAAUAUAUAUAUUAUAAAUAUAAAUAAUGUCUGUAUAUAUCUGCUUGUCUGGGAUUUUAUACACAACUACAUAUGUACUCAUUCUCUUCAAAAAGAAUCAGUGAUUUUUUUUAAUAAGGCUGCUUUUGGCUUUAUUGCUAGUUGCUGUAAUCUUACAAGGCAUUUAAACAGGUUGUAAAUAUGUAUAAAUUCCGAUGUUGAAAGUGUCUAGUGUUUAGUGUUAUUGGGGAUCAUCUAUUUCUCUUUCUCAUUCUAGAUUAAAAUAUUAUUUAUUACUAAAGCGUGAUCAUAGUUAAUGCUGCCAAAAAAGCAGCAACAUAUUUCAGUAGCAAGGUCCCAGUCUACAUUGGCAUCGGUGAGUGUUACGCCCUGAAUCUGAAUGGAAUUGAGAAUGUAUUGCAGGCAUAUACCUAUUUUUAUAUUAAAAGUAAACAUUAAAUGCUUUGCUUUUCAUAUAAUGGAGUAAAUAGACAUUUGUAAUAAGGGUUAUAGUGUGAUUUGUCUCAUGGAUCUUAAAAUAAAGUACUGUCUAUGUUUGGAAGUCAAACUGAAUUUCAGAAACCCUAUUUUUUCCCCCAUUUUAAAUGUUGUCUUGUGACAUUACUUGUUGAAACUAGAGUUCUGCCUGGUUCUGCUUUUAAAAAAAGAUUCAUGGUUUGAAUUCUCAGAUAGAUGGUAUGUAGUGUAUUGGAAAUUCCAAUAUUUCUCCUGAUCACCCCAACUUUUAAGAUGGCGAGACUGUUAAACAUGCCUUACUGCUUGCGUGUUGAUUUGAUUUUCAGUUGUGAAUGUCCCAUGUUGCAGAAGAGUCAGGUGAAAGACUUCUAGUUAAAAGGUGCCUCUGACAUGUUAUUGCUGUGGUUUUCCAAACUACCUUUCUGUUACCUUUGCAUUGAGUUACUUCCAGUGCUGGCUGUUCAUCUACAGAAUGGAAGCUCUAUGUCUCCCUCUCUACGUGCCCUUCCCAAAUCUUUUCUGGAAAGUCGGGAUCCUCCACUGUACAUUGAAUGAUUCAGGAAGGACACAAGAGCAGUCCCUAUUAGAUGAGCAGAAGUCUCCUUGCGAAUGUCACAGCAUUAUGUAUAGAUCAUAUUUGUUGCAAUAAGCUUAACUUAUAGAAUAUUUGACUGUUUUUUCCUUGGUAUAUUCUUACUUGGAGAAGCUGGCAGGACACUGAAUUGAACAGUUUUAAUCUUGAGUUAAUUGGUGAAAGGAAAAGAGGAUAUUGCAUAGUACUGAAAUGAGAAUGCCUUAGAAAGAUUUGCUAUUUGUAAGAAGUUCCCAGUGUGUUUGCUUGUCCAAUUCACACUAAGAACUCUUUUCUACAGCAAAAUACUAUUUGGGUGUUUUAUACAAGCAACCUUCACUCUUUAACAGUUUGGAUUUUGAUCGUGUGAAUUAUCCAUCCAGAAUCUUGUCUACAUGUUUGCGCUGAAUUAAGGAAAUAAAACUUGUUUAACAAAAACA